AUGUUGUUGUGUCGUGUGUUGUGUUUUCUGACGUUGCUGCUGAGUGUUUCUACUGUUUGCACCUCUGCAAGCACGGGUCUUCCUGCUGAAGAAGGUUCUACUGCUUGCCGUGAAGGGUCUGAAGCGACAGGGUAUAGUCGUGACCCUACUUCUAUUGCUGGACAACCAAUACAAGCACCAGAAACACUUCCUCUUCUAACUAGUAAAUCUGAUACGCGUGCCACUUGCGAAACCGGUUCUGCUGUUACUACUGAUGGUUCCUGCACUGCUGGUACUAGGAGUGCUCCAGGUCAUCAAGCAGGUGUUAAGUCAAACCAAGGAUCAAGGUCUAGUGCUGGUGCUGAGGUGAGUAUAAACCAAGAACGGUUGAAUCAAGAACAAAAACAACAGCAGGAUACUCUUUCAGGUCAACGUGGUAGUUCAAAUGGCAGAGACCCUUUGGUGAGACAACCAGGUGUGCCAGGGUCAAAAGGUGAAGAUGGACAGAAGGGCAAUAUGAAUAGUGUCGAUCAAGGGAUGAGGACUGAUGAAACAACAACAGGUCAAGUGAUCAGUGGAGAGACUGAUCAGAAUAACGGAACUCAACAGCCCGGAGGGAAUGGUGGUCAGGAUCCCUCACAAUCUUCAGGUGCAGCUAAUACCGAUUCACCUGAUUCUCAGAGUACCCACAGCGGUACAACGGAACAACCUCAAUCUUCUGAGAACAACCAAACUUCUCAAGAACCGAAUGGUGCAGCUGAGAAUUCUAAUGCUGUUACGAAGCCUACAGAGGAUGAUUCAACGAAAGACACUGACACUACAACAAAUAAUACAGAUACACCCACCAUCACCAUCACAACGACAACACUUCCUCCUGAGACUGCACACAUCAAGAAGGGUGAUGCAGACAGCAGCAGCAGUAUCAGCCGUUCUGUGUGGGUGCGUGUACCACUACUGAUUGUGGUUACACUGGCCUGUAUUCUUUUGUGCUGA